CAUUAAGUGGUACACAUGCUUCAUGUUCUCAUCCAAUUAAUUCUGAUGAACGCAGCCCCAUGGGUCCACUCAAGUGCCCUCAGUGCACGGCCUGUGUGUGAAUGUGUGCAAGGUACAGCAGUGUGCUGCUCUGCCACUUUGUUCCUGUGCACUGACGUGUCAUUUCCAGAGUGGCUUCCGAGCUCAGCCGAGAGCCCCUGGCUUCAGAUGGCAGUCGGUGUAUCCUGGGCUCAUUAAUAAUGGAGGGGCCUGACAGGAGCAGCCCCGACUGCCUUCGUGUUCCCUCUGCGGUCGAAGGCAGACAUGGAUCUCUCUGUUUUGCCCAAUAACAACCAUCCUGACAAAUUCCUGCAGCUUGAUGUGAAGUCUUUAAUGAGGAGCCCGGCCCUUCUGCAGGCCAGCCUCGCGAGAUUUCCGGGGGGACAUUAUCCAGCUGCACAGCACUGGCAAAACCUUGUUUACUCACAGAACAGUUGCUACUCAAGAGUCUUGGUGUAAAGUGACUCCUCUGUGGUGUGUUUGUGGGCUCCUUGGGACCUUGAUUAUGAGAUCAUUCAAAAUCAAGUACACUCAAAUCAUUAUUGAGAGAAAAUAAAACAUAAGGUGAAAGUAAUUGACAGGAAGUUUCCUGGAAGAGUAAGAGCAUUAAUUUUCAAUCUUCCUUUCUGCCAUGAAUUUUCUCAUUCCUAAGAGAGAAAAAAAGAGUCUUGUGGCUCAAGGAACUAAAGGAUCCAGUAGGGAGGACCUGGUCGCUCCUGACAGCCCACCUCCAUCCUUGACAUCAGUUAUGAAGAACAAUCCACUGUACAGUGACCUAAGCUUGGAGGAAGCAAUGGAAGACAGGAAAAAGAAUCCUUCGUGGACCAUUGAAGAAUACGACAGGCAUUCCUCGCACACGAAUCUCUCCGGACACUUGAAGGAAAAUCCUAACGACCUACGGUUUUGGUUGGGAGACAUGUACACACCGGGUUUUGACACCUUACUGAAAAAAAAGAAGAAACACAACAAGAGAGCAAAACUAUGCCAUAUGGGUCUGAUUUUACUUGUGGUUGCCUCCAUCUUGGUUGCCAUAGUGACUAUUAGCUCUUUCUUUGCUUAAGGAAGCAGUCACCAACAGAGCCACUUCAAAUGUCCUGAAAAGUAUCUAUCUAAACAUUUGUGGACAAAAGUGCUAUUCGGUGUGAAUGUGUUGUAGAGUGUGCAGUUCAACACAACCAUCCCUUAAAAUUGUGGAAAUUGCCUGUGAUCUGCUGGUGUGUCGACUGUGUCCUAUGAAAUGUGUGUAAAAAUUUCAGCUUGAGAUUCAUCCUCAGAGAAGCAGGACAUGCAGGCUGUGCAAGCACAGAAAGGCCACAACAAACAGCCCAAAUGUAACAAUUUCCUAAGGCACAAAAUAGCACCUAGACCAUCAGCAGCUUCCUCUCAAUGCUCAGGCCACAUUCCCCUUGACUGUGAGAUGUGGUGGACCUCUCUCUGUCCCACCUUUCUGUGGUCAUUGAAAAAGUGUGAGCCAGUCAUUUCUGUUCAACAGCUAAGCAGAAGGGGCUCGUGGCUGGGCUGACA